UGCGAACUGUUAAAAUUACAUUUGUUGCAAACGAUCGAAUAUUGAUCCAUUUUGAGUUAAGCGGGAUUUAAAUAAAGUUUGUUAUGAGAAAGUGCUGUGGUAAUAAAUUUGUUGCGCUUGUAUUAACGUUUUUCACGAACGCAUGGACAGGCUUAUUGUCGUUGUGUGCUUUUACAAAUGUGGCGCUAUCUGAACAAAUGUUCAUAUUUAAAUGCGCGGUAAGAAAUAAUAUAGUCUUUCUGUGGAACAUGUGUGGUCGAAAUAGUUUAAAAUCUUUGUAAGGAAGACGGGUGAUAGAUAACUGCAGCUGAAUAUAAAUAAGAUAUUUUUUUAAAGAUUUACACAGCGGGAUUUUACAAAGAAAAACAUGAUACGAUCCAGUCGCAUAUCGUAUAUGGACAAGGAACUCUUAAAAGAACUGCGCAUGCGCGUUGAGAUAGCUGACCCCAUGUACAAGGGCCAGAAAAAGCUGGCCCUUCGCGGGAAGGACUUACAGGCUAUUCCACAUGUCCUUUUUACCAUGAUGGAACUAGAGGUCCUAGACCUGAGCCCGGCUCGCGAAGCGUGUUUGGACUUCCGUUUACCCCUGGUUCCCCCGUCGAUCGGAAAACUGAUCAACCUUCGCGUUCUUCUUCUCGACACGAACGAGUUGCGUUCACUUCCCAAGGAACUGAGUCUGUUACACAGUUUGGAGCGGCUAUCACUUAGCAACAAUUUCCUGUCUUCCUUACCGCACGGUAUGGCUCGUCUGCAAUCGCUUCGAAGCCUGCACAUGGCAAACAACCGGUUCGAAGCGUUCCCUCUGGAGGUGUGCGACAUUUUGUGCCUUGAGUUCCUGGACAUCAGUGACAACCACCUCGUGUCGGUUCCGGGGGAUAUUUCCCGCCUCUCAAACUUACGGACGCUUCUGUUGUGCUACAACAAGAUCAUGCAGCUUCCAGAAUCGCUAUGUAACCUUACGGGACUCGAAUGCCUGUGGCUUGGACACAAUCGUCUCAAGUCGCUUCCCACGAAUUUCGGGCAACUUGUUAACCUAGAAUGGGGUCUACGUUAUUCUUCUAGCGUGCUUGAAAAUAAUCCAUUGGUACAUCCACCCAUUGAGAUUUGUCGGAAAGGACCCGAUAUCAUAAACGACUAUUUCCGAGAUCUGGAGGGAAUUCGCUCCAUUACCACUCCGGAGUUUGAACAUGACGAAUUUCAGACAAACGACACGGACUCGGAACUUGGGCAGCUUACCGCAAGGGAGGAAACUCCGAUGGCGGAGAAGAAUGUGACCAUAAAAGUAACGUCCCCUGAAGGGAUAGAGGACAAGUCUAUAAGCUAAAGAUAUUUAGUGUAAAAUGUGAAACUCUUUCAGAACAUCUUGUAACGUUUAUUCAUUUCACAAGACAAAUAUACAAAAUAUAAUAAAUAAUAGAAGAGUA